UUGCCGACGAGGACCUACCCACCAGAUGGGAGAUCGAGCUGGAGUUUGUGCAGUCGCUCGCUAAUAUGCAGUAUCUCACGUACUUAGCCCAGACGGGGUUCCUGGAGGACGAGAAGUUUCUUAACUACCUCGAGUACCUGGAAUACUGGCGACGUCCCGAGUAUGCGAAACAGCUGGUCUACCCCAACUGUCUGCAUGUGCUCACCAUGCUGAAAAGCCCGCAGUUCCGCAAGGACAUCGCCAAAGCAGAGCUGAGCUCUGUGCUGUACAACGACAUGGUCGAGAGGUGGAAGGAACCGUUGCGAGAACCUGUUAAGGGCGCCAAGGAGGAUCCUGGUACUAGUGGCCAGGAGCAGCCGCAGUCCUCGCCACAGAUCAAGAUCGAAGACACCCCCGACGUAGCCCCGGUCUCACCCGUACACAGGCUAAAAUAAUUAUAUUCCAGCAUAAUCUUUACCAUGAAGAGCGAGUACUGGAACAGUUUGGCGGGCGGCGUGGUGAUCGGGCUUGCGUGCACCGCGUAUUUGUUUUUGCUGGGCCGUGUUGCUGGCAUUAGUGGCAUGGUCGGUCGCGUUGUGUCCGGGAAAAACAUAUGGCCGGACGCUGCGUUUCUUGCCGGACUGGCUGCUGGCCCUGUUGUUUGGAGCUAUGCCACCGGGAACUGGCCCGAGCUGUCGCUUAACACGCCGUGGUACGUACUGCUACCGGCAGGGUUUUUUGUUGGUUAUGGCACGCGGCUGGGCAGCGGUUGCACGAGCGGCCACGGGGUGAUGGGUCUCGCGCGGAUGUCUCCGCGGUCGCUGGUGGCGGUGGGGUGUUUCCUGAGUGGGGGCAUAGCUACUGCCACCUUGGCACAUAAGUACCUAUGACGACGGCCCUGAGUGUCCUUUCGAUUGCAUAUCUGUGAUUCUAUGGCGCUCGCGCCUCGUGCAAAAGCUAUUGCGCGAUAUUUUUCUCUAUGCUCACCUCUAAAUUAUGUCGACUUGCUACAUUCCAGUGUAAAUUAUUUUGCAUGUUGCUCAGAAACAUCGCAGCGUUCGGGUGCGGCCUGGCGUUCAGCAUAGGCCUGAUUCUUGGCGGGAUGGCCAAUCCGGCCACUGUGCGCUCGUUUCUGGACCUCGCCGGCGACUGGAACCCGUCCCUGGUGUUUGUGCUGGGGGGAGCAGUGACUGUUGCGUCUGCUGGGGUGGCGCUGCAAAAACGACUAGCCCGGCCUGUUCUGGAGCCCUCGUUCCAGCUGCCCACCGCACGCCAGAUCGAUGCCCCCCUGAUGGCCGGCAGCUGUCUCUUUGGCGUCGGCUGGGGUCUGAGUGGGUUCUGUCCCGGCCCGGCAGUGCUGUCGAUAUUUGUCGGGCAUUGGCGGAGCCUAGUAUUCGUUGCAGGACUACUACUUGGUACAGCUACGUACGGCGCGAGGAUGGGAAAAGUAAACACGGGCAAGGACAAUUGACGUUGUGCCAAGGUGUUUGGCAGACUGCUACGACAGGUUAUUAUAUUUUUAUUUUCUCAAAUAUCAUAUUUUUCGCCACCUCAGUAGAGAGCUCCUCCUGAAUGAGUCAAUUUAUCGAAUUAAACCUGUCCAAAGACCCGAUAUACGACCACUGCUUUUCGCAGGAUCGCAAGAGCGUCGCCAUCACUCGCCAGAACAAUGUCGAGAUAUACGACCUGUCGGCUGCCGGCAAGCCCAAGCUGCUCACGGUUCUCCAGCACCACGACAAAACAGUCACCGCGGUGGACAUCAGCAAGGACGGCAAGAUUGUCACCUGUUCGCAGGAUAGAAACGCGCUUGUCUGGGAGCCCACGGCGGGCGGUGAGUACAAGCCGACGCUGGUUUUGCUGCGUAUCAACAGAGCGGCCACCUCUGUGAAAUGGAGCCCCUGCGGGUCCAAGUUUGCGGUCGGCUCGUCCGCACGGGUGAUUGCCGUGUGCUAUUUUGAGGUGGAGAACGAUUGGUGGAUCUCGAAACACAUUAAGAGACCGCUCAAGUCGACGGUGUUGUCGCUCGACUGGCACGAGAACAGCGUGCUGCUGGCGUGCGGUUCGACCGACGGCCACGUGCGUGUCUUUUCGACGUACAUCAAGGGUGUCGACACCAAGCCGCCUGCCACCGUGUGGGGUGAGCGACUGCCGUUCCAGACACUGUGCCUGGACUACAACGUGGGCUCGUGGGUGCACGACGUCAAGUUCGACCCCAGCUACUCGUUUGUCGCGGCCGUCGGCAACGACUCGGCCGUGUACUUUGUGUAUCCUGGGCCGGGCGAGCAGGAGGUUGCCGGCGUUGUCAAGGCCAGAACAUCGUACCUGCCGUUCAGAACUUUGAUUUUUGCGUCGCCAACCAAGGUUGUUGCCGCAGGCCACAACUGCUACCCGAUCGUGUUUGAAGGAGACAGCAACGGCUGGCAGCAGACGUACGCGAUAGACGACCCGGCCACCAAGACGAAAAGCAGCCACGAGAGCCAGUCGGCGCUGAACCUGUUCAGACAGCUGGACCUCAAAGGCUCGAGCGACGCCAACAGCGGCGAGCUGCUGACUGUGCACCAGAACACAAUCAACGUGCUCAGACCCUUCCAAGCGGACAGCCGCGGCGUGCUACGGUUCAGUUCGUGCGGCAACGACGGCAAAAUCGUGAUUUUCGACGUAUAAAAUUACAUAGACAGUAAGCUAGAUCGUGUCGUCCG